AUGGAGCAACUUAAAUACUUCCCGCAUCAUGAACAUGCACUCCGUCUUGUCUAUCUCUGUACGGAAAACCGCCACAAAGAAGACUCUGACAACGAAAACUCUAAUGAUGAGGAAGAUGGCGGAGAUGAUUUUGUGGUAGAAGAGCAGCAGCAUGGUGGCAAAUGCAAUAUGUGUAAAGAAGAUAUCUAUUCAUUUCAUGUGUGCUACUAUGAGUGCGAGAGGUGCGAGGACUACUCGCUACACAAGUUCUGUGCAGAACUGCCCUUAACUUUGAAAAAUCAUCACUUACAUCCAGCCCACGAUCUUACCUUUGUCGACAGACGGUGGCUUACUACUUAUGAAAGGAACGGGUGUGGUGUCUGCAAAGAUAAUCGUACCCAUGAUGAUGGGAGAUUUAUUGGAUACAAUUGUUCUAUUUGCGAGUUCUACAUGGAUAUAAAUUGUGCUACUUUGUCCCAACAAAAGAUGGUCCACCCAAGUCAUCCUGAUCACCAACUUGAACGGAUGAUGAGGACGAUGAUAUCAAAGUGUCAUGCUUGUGAUAAUGAACAUAAGGGAACCUUCUAUCAUUGUCCCACUUGUGUUUGGUUCGGCUGGAUUCAUCUAGAUUGUAUUUUGCUGCCUACCAAGUUAUCGAUCCAACUAACUACUGAUGAUGCUUUUACUCAUCCUCACCCGCUCACCCUGGCUUAUUCCUUUCCCUAUGUCGAUAAUGAAAAACAACAUUAUCCUCGGUGCAGAGUUUGUAGUUCCUACUUCAAUUAUUUCUCGUGGCUUUACAAAUGUGAUAAAUGUCGCUACUAUGCACAUGUCGAUUGUGCGACUUCAAAGAAAGAGCCGUUCAUGUCCAUCUUCUUGAAACAUGGCCUUGGGAAAACUUUUAAGAAUUUCCAAGAUUAUGAUCAUCCUAAUCUGCUCAAAUGCCCUUUUCCUGAUGAAAGUCACAACCUAUUGACGCACAAAUUUUCCAGCCAAAUCAAGCAGGACUUUUUAUUAUUAUUAGCUAAUAAUAAAGAAAACGAUGGCGACGAGAUGAUCAACCACUUUGGUCAUCAACACCCCCUCGUUUUGUUCAACACUACUACUACAGAAACAUCCCUCAUUAUUAGCAAAUCGGUUUCUCUACUACUUCACAACCCCAUGGAAAGAAUCCAAUUGUUAUGUGAUGGAUGUGUGAAGCCAAUCACGACGGUGCCAUUCUACAAGUGUUGCCUCCAGCAGCAAGAAAACAACAACUGCAGCUUUGUUCUUCAUACAUGGUGUGCCACGAUGCUACCCUCUGAGAUACGAGACCACCCGGGACAUCCACAACAUUCUUCAGUACUGGCUCUCGUUACAAGAAGAAUCAUCCCUGCUAACAUCUUCUAUUGUGGCAUUUGCGAGUUACCUUGCAAUGGUUUCUCAUAUAGAUGCCGCACGGCUAACUGUGAUUUUCGUGUUGAUAUAAAUUGUGCCUUUAUACCUCAAGAAAUCACACAUGAAGCUCACCCGAAUCAUCUUCUCUCACUAGUAAAGUUCCCUAUAGGAUAUGGUGACUACCAAUGCGUUGGAUGCGCCUAUCUUCUUAGACGGAACCAGCUUAUGUACCAUUGCCCAUCUUGCAACUUCUACUUGCAUAGUAAGUGUGCUCUCUUACUGCCCAAAAUCGUAAGGCAUAAAUAUGCUGAUAGGCAUCAUCCAUUGACCUUGAGAUACGAGCCAGUUGAGAACCAUCCUAGUGAAUACUUCUGUGACAUUUGUGAGACGGAAUUUAACUCUCUUAGGUGGUUCUAUCAUUGUAGUACCACAUGUGAUGCAUCUAUGCAUUCCGCUUGCGCACCCGUGAUUCUUCAAUGCGAGAAAGCUGUAUAUUCCCUGUAUCAGAAUUCUGUGUUUGAGUUUCUGAAUGUGAAGUUUGGAGGGAGUUUUAAGACUGGUCAUCAUCCACACCGUUUCACCUUUGAUCAAGGGAUAUCGGAUGAUGGUGGGUGCAAAGUGUGUGGUUGCCGAUUACAAUACAAGAUGAUCUUUAAGUGCUUCGAGUGCAAGUUUGCAUUUCAUCAUGAUUGGUGUGCUUCGAUAUAUGCACGUCGUCGAGCAGGUAUUUAAUUAAUGGGAUCGAUCAACAUCUAGAUAUAUACUUCUGUGGUUAGUAGUGUCGGUGGCGGGUGAUGAUGGAUGACAUCGACAAUUGAUGUUGAGUGGUCUAACUGUGUAAAUUGAUACAAUGGUGAUAGUGAUGAUUUAGAAGAUAAUGGUUUAAAGUGUAAAUUAAUUCAU